GGCUGGGCUGGGCAGGGCGGCCCGCAGCGGGGCCGCGCGGGGGGAUACCUCCGCGCCGCUGGUCUUUAGCGGGGCUGACAAGGCCAGACUCGCACCCCGCCUCUAUCGUUAGCCCGCUUCUGUUUGGUCUGGGUUACUAGCCCUGUUGCAGGCCCCUGUGCACCCCGCAGGUGAGAGGGGUCCAGGGACCCCGCUUUCCUACGUUGAAUUAAUCCUCGUUCCUCUGCCCUCCUCCCGGGCUCCGAACAGUGCCCUGGGUCUGACCCCCGUAGCCCGGUGCAAGUCCCGUCGGCUGUGCGCUGGGGCCCGGAGCCAGGGAGGCAGCUCCUCAUCCCGGCUCCAGGAAGUCAGACUGGAGGAAGGAGGGCAAACUCGAGGAGGCGGGGCUCGGUGCCACGGGGCAGCCGCGGGGCUCGCUGUCCCCCAACCCCCACCCCGCUUCAGAUCAGGGAUCCGAGCGCUGGCUGGCGUCAGGGCAUUCUCUCGGCCAGAUGGCAGAUUCCCGCCCAGAUCCUGAGUCAGAGCCCGAUUCGGUGUUCCCACGCGAGGUCGGGCUCUUCGCCGACUGCUACUCGGAGAAGAGCAGGUUCUGCUUCUGUGGGCACGUGCUGAAUAUCACGGAGAACUUCGGGUCCCGCCUCGGGGUGGCAGCGCGCGUGUGGGAUGCGGCUCUAAGCCUGUGCAGCUAUUUCGAGAGUCACAAUGUGGAUUUCAGAGGCAAGAAAGUGAUCGAACUGGGCGCGGGGACUGGUAUCGUGGGAAUCUUGGCAGCGCUGCAGGGGGGGGAUGUUACCAUCACUGACCUACCCCUGGUCCUAGAACAGAUCCAGGGCAACGUCCAGGCCAACGUGCCCCCUGGAGGCCGGGCCCAGGUCCGCGCCUUGUCCUGGGGGGCUGACCAGCAUGUCUUCCCUGGAGACUAUGACCUGGUGCUGGGGGCUGAUAUCGUGUACCUGGAGUCCACCUUCCCGCUGCUGCUGGGGACCCUCCGACACCUGUGCGGGCCCCACGGCACCAUCUAUCUGGCCUCCAAGAUGAGAGAGGAGCACAGGGCAGAGAGCUUCUUUCAGCAUCUCCUGCCCCAGCAUUUCCACCUGGAGCUGGCCCAGCGGGAUGAGGAUGAAAACGUCAACAUCUAUAGGGCCAGGCACAGGGGACCAAGACCUGCCUGAUGUCACCCUUCUGCUCCUCCGAACCCCUCGUUCUCAUGAAGGAACUGCCCUGUCUCCAGAGCCAUAAACAUAAGGACCAGAAACAGGUGGAUCUCCUCUGCCUGCCUUUCCUCCUUCCCUCGUUGUUUCCUGGGCGCCUCUUGGGAAGCUGCAGGCAGGUGCCGCUUGUUAGGGUACCAGAGCCCUUGCUCUGUGGGCUGGAGUGCAGAGGAGAUUCCCAGCUUCUGUUCUCAGCAGAGGACGAUGAGAGGGCAGCCAGGAUUUCAGGGAAGGGGAGGUUAGGUGGGACGUAAACAGUGGCUGCAGAGACAGUCGUGGCCCUGUCUGUCGCCAUUGUCUUUUUAUACAGAAUGGAUUAUUUUUUCCAGAUUCUAUUGGAAAUUUUUUUAAAGGAAAAUAAGCAUUAAAGAUCUCCUCUGCAUCCAGAGAACAUGGGCUUUUGCUGGGGGGUGCUGGGGAGCAAGAAACCUCAGACCACCCACUUCUUGCUUCUAGAGAUAGUCUGGUGGAACUGUGGCUCUAACUGGGUCAAGUCUUCCUAGCCCUGAAGUUGGGGUUAGACAGCAGAGCUGUCCUUUGGACUGUGGCUCCUUCAGUCUUUUUGGAGUUGGAGUCCUGAUCACUGAGUUCCAGGUUCUCUUUAUUUUUUUUUUUUUUUACCUUUCCAAGCCCUGUCAGUCCUUCCUUCCUAACGUGCUUUGCCUUCACCUCUUCUUUCUCCCACUGUGGGGCCUCUGACUGAUCCUCUCUUGACUCACUCCUGGGGUCACACAUCACCUCCUGUGGCCUCCUAGCCUCCAUUCACUCCCAUUCAAACUGUCUUGUAAACUCCUGUAAUCUUCCGCAAUCAGCUCCGAUUAGCUUCUGCUGCUGCCAACAGAAGCAAGAAUAAGCUCUUCUGCUUGGUACUCAGUGUAUCCCAUGUGAUCCCAAAUUACCCUUCUAUUUCAUUUCCUACUGGUUUCCUACACGUGUUCUAACCUCUGGCCAAAUUACAAAAGGUCUACUCUUUGUUCCCUAAACCCACAUCAAAAUUCUCUGACUUCUUCCUUCCUUCUUUCUGAUGAUUCCCUGCCUGGGUCAUAUUUCUACCUCUCAAAAUCUUCAUUGCUCUUAGCCUCUCUCCUGAAAAAAGCUUUAUCUGAGCCUCCUAUUUGAAUAUGAUUUUUCUCCUUUGAGACCCUUUAACUCUUUGUCUCCUGGGGCUUAUUUACCUUGUCUUGUGUGAUCAUUUGUCUGCUCCCUAUUUUCUCACCAUCAGAUUACCUUAGAGGGUAGGGCUAUAUGGUUCCAGGCACACAUCAAAUAUUUCUGCUUGUUCAACAAAUAAUUUACUGGGUUUGUUGGAGGGACACCCUCCCUCCUCCCUAGGUGACCUUGGUCAAACUUUGGAACUCACUCUCCUACCUUACAAGUUUGUCAGUGAGUCAUAAAUGGAUAUAGAAAUAAGCAUUGGAAAUAAACAUGAAGUCUUACCACG